AUGGACGCCCCGCCCAAAAGUUUCAUUUAUUUUACAAAGGUCAUAACGACGGUGAGCUCAAUAAAAACUCAAGGAAAGGAUACAAAUGAUAAAUAUGUGUCGGAGUUCAAAAUCAAGUUCAGUGACAAUGAUGAUAAUGACAAUAGUUUUGAAACAUACAAGACUUAUGAUGGUAAAAAGAAUAACGGUUCGUGCCUGGAGACGGCAAAUGUAACAAAUCGCUGCAAAUGUGCGUUUGGUUUCAGCGGAGAUUUUUGUGAAAUAAAGCAUUUGAUAGAGAACUUCCAAGUGUACGCAAUAACAAGUAAAGAAUUCGGUAAAAGCAUUCCAGUCAUUUGGGCGAUGACUUCUGGUCUGAACGUGAGUGUGAAUGUAACCUAUAACGGUAUCCCAUGUUGCAGCGCAGGACCACUCGCAAACGCCACCGGUGAAUCUGAAUGUGACUGUCUUAUUACGGAUCCCGACCUUUUUGAUCCUGACAAUAUGGUGAACAUCUCCGUGACAACCUGGAACCGAUUUUCUGGUUCGUUAACAAAAUCAGUUGAUGUCGAGGUAUUGAAGAAAAUCAAAGAUGCUAAUUUUACGAUCCUGACAACGUACUCUCAAUUUGGUUCUGGAGUCGAGGGAGCAGGACCGGAACGAAACAAAUUCCCGGCAGAAUAUCCAGUGAGGUUUGCUAGUUCGUACUCUGGAGGGCCAGCGAAGACAGUAGAAUGGUUGUUUUCUUGCUCCGAGGAAACAAUUGAAACGGAGACCAAACAGGAUUUUCAAAAAGAAUUCUCAUCCUCAAUCGACCAGGAAUGCUCUGUUAAAAUGAAGCUGAAGAACAGUAUCAUUAACAUAACUGUUCUUCGUGAAUUCAAACUGUACGAAAGCGUCAAGUUCAGGGACAUGUCGAACAAUGGACCUCGUAAAAUGAACCAAACUAUGAGAUUCACUAUUGAAUUGGAAAAACUCGGCACUCGGACAUGUUUGUGGGUCGACCUUGGAGACAAUAGUCCUCUACGGGUAUUUGGUAGCAGCAAUUCUUGCCCUGGGUCGAUUGAUGUCAACUCAAUCAAUCCGCAUAUCGUGGUACAACCGCGUACUCUAUUUACUUCCAAGCAGUCAUUCACUCAGAGCAUCAUCGUUGAUCAUGUCUAUUUACAAUCUGGUGCUUAUAACGUCCGAAUGCAUGCGUCAAAUGCUGUUUCUUCGGUCUCAAGGGAGACGACGGUUGCUGUGCUACCGUAUGUGUGCAAAAACCCAAACGUUACCAUCAAAGGUUUGUCUCCGAAUUCCUCUAAUGCCUUGGAUGCCCCUCAAGUAUACCGUUCUGAAAUUCUUAGCUUGGUCACGGAAAAUGAAGUAUUUUGUGAAGCCACAGAUCAAACUAAGACAAGUUGGACACUUCUGAAAUUCGAGGACGAUCCACGCACAGCUCCGAGCGACGUUCUUGUAGCAGACAUGAAGAAGACUCUGUUUCAUACGGUGAACGAUACCUCGGGACUUCAGCUUGCCCGGAGAUUUUUACCUUACGGCUAUUACGAGAUUCGCGCCCGUGUAGAGAUGAGAGGUGCUGCAGGCGUGUUUGGAAUUGACUCGAUCAUUAUUCAGGUUGUGCAAACCCCGUGGCUCGGGGCUGCUGUGAAUGAUGGGUCUUAUCAUACCGUGCCAUUUGGAUUUUUGGGACGUUUGAAUAGUUCGGCGUCGGUAGAUCCUGAUUUUGACGGUACCGAAGGAAUGAACUACGUUUGGUAUUGUAAAGAUAUUGAUGACGAUGCUGAGUUCGACCAGGCAAAUCUCACUCAAGAACCUGUCGUUUCUGAUCGUGAUGUUGUUGGCGCUGGUAUGAAUGCAUCUGGGUGUUUUGGCUCUGGUCGUGGGCGCAUCGAUACGUCAAAUUCCACCCUCAUCCUGGACACCAAUAUGAUGAUUGAAGACAAAGCGUACGAAAUUUUACUGGUAGUAUCGAAAACACACCCAGAAUUUGGUCAACGUAGGGCAGUGACUACCAUUUACUUUCAUGUCGCCUUGGGCGUCCCUCCCGAACUCUCUACAAAAUGUUCAAGGAAUUGCGAGUCAAAACUUCGUCCAGAUGAGAAAACCAUAUUGUUGUCGAGAUGCAGCAGGUUCUGCGCCGGAGAGUUGACAUUUAGUUGGUCGUUGUAUCUUUACGACAAUAUCAACCAGCGUGAACCGUUCAAUCUCUCAUCGUUGAACGAGGUACCCAAAGCUGACCUUCAAAAUAUGGCCAUGAAUCCAGUUGAUGAGUUAGAAAUUGGUAUUAAGCCUGAUUCGCUGCAAGUUGGUAAGAAGUACACAAUUGCAUUUCGAGCGACUCGUGUGAGCGGAGUUUAUGGCGAAUGCAGAACUACCGUGAUUGUUAAUACACCCCCGGCUGGCGGCAGAUGCUUCGUGUUUCCAUCAUCUGGUGUCGCCUUAUCCACCAACUUCACAUUUAGAUGCGAAAACUGGAUGGAUGCCGACCCGCCCCUGGUUUACGAGGUCUCCUACGGCCGUGACCAAACCAAAACAAUAAUAUUUCACCGUUCGCACCCCUCCGGUGUCAAUAUCAGCGUCAAUGAUUGGCUGGCGGCAGGGGAUAAGAACAACAACUAUUCGUUAACUGUGGAAUUCACAGUUAAAGACACAGUCGGGUCAAAAAUUGUCCAGAUUGUUGAUAUUCAGGUUCUUCCCAACAAUGCAGUGGACACAGAACAAAUUUCUGGUCGUUUGGAUGAAUUUCUUGCAAGUGGUGAUUCAGAAGGAUUUCUAAGGAUGGCGUCUAACAUAGCCUCUACUUUCAAUGAUGACCCUGGCAGUGGAGGAGAAAAUGGUACUGGAUCGAGCCCGGAGAAGCAGGAACAAGAGAAAAAGCUGUUAGAGCAUGUCCUUACAUCCCUCUCUGGAAUGAAACCAAAAGAUGUGUCUGGGGUGAUGCAGUUCAGCGGUUCUCUUGCUCAAUUGGCAGCAAAUCCAGAUAAGCUGACUUCAAAAGCAAAGGAUGCAACAUUUUCCAUGACAGAGACAUUGACCGAUAGUUUGAAACAUUUGUCCGACAAUGACAAGGGAUUUCAAUAUGUGAAAUCAGGAGCAAACAACGUUUUAAACGUCCUCGGUGGAAUGGUUUCUUCCGGUUCUAGUAAUGCUUCAACAUCAAACAACAACGAGACUGCGUCCGCAGUCAAUCGCACCAUCAACGUCGUACGAAACCUGCAGUCAGUGGUGCUGGACAAUUUGGUCACAAACGAAGGUCCAGACACUAUUGAAACUGAAAAAUUGUCACUGCAAGUGGAAAAGAAGACCGGCACAACGCUUGGAAACACCGGGAAUGAACUGAAGGGAAGCCGUUUUAAAUCUCCGUCUGGUUAUGCUUUCGGAAUAGGAGAAAUACUUUCAAAUCCAAACAAAACAUUUCUUCAGAAGCAACCAGUGGAUAUCAAAGUUGUUUCGUUCAAAACAAAUCCUUUUAAUUGGGAUGACACAAGUUCAACAAUUUCAUCCAACGUAAUCGACAUUGUGGUUGAGUCGAAUUUGAACAUUUCAUCUUCUAACAUGAGUGAAGAUGUUUCCGUGACUAUCUAUCGAGAUCCGUCCCUGUUUUCUGAAGAUUCCAGUUUUUUCAUGAAGCCUCGUGCAAUGAAUUUGACGAAAAGUUCGAAGGAAUAUCUCAAAUAUCAUUGCUUCACAAGGAAAAGCAAUUACACGGCCAUGAAUUUUGAAAUGAAGCCACAUCAUCUGGGGAUACAUUUAAACGUGUAUUUAAAAAGAGGAGGUAAACCAAAUGUGGAAAAAGAAGAUUAUGAAUUCUCAUAUAAGUUACCAGACUUUAGUAGUUGCAACGCGGGAAAUACCAGUGUCAAUAAAUCCAAGUUGGAUGAUUCAAACCCUGUUCAUAUCGACAUAAACGACUGUUCAACACAUCCGUACACAGUCUUUGUAUCGAACUUGGAUUUUAACGGAACAGGGGAAUAUUGUUUUGCCAUUCAACAUAUCGAACAGUUCCACAAUGAAACAUAUCCGGAUCCUGACACGACGUUCAAUUCCCGAAAUCGACGUUCAGCACCGUGCGAAGUCGGCACAGGACGUGUUCGUCGUUCGUGUGUCCUCAUUCGUCCCCCACCGCCAAAACCCACCGACGCCCCAAACGGAAAACUUAUCAUCCUCUCAGCGGAGAAUCUCGGCUUUGAUGGAGAAUAUUUUUUCCCGAAUCAAACUCCAAACUACAACUUGACGAUGUUUGAAUCGAGCUGUAUAUUUUGGGAUGUGUUGAACGAAACGUGGAGAGGAGAAGGAUGUAGGGUCGAUAGAGCAACGAACAGAGAGCAGAUUGUAUGUUACUGCAACCAUUUGACGUCGUUUGGGAGCGACCUUGUUGUUGCACCAAACCCAAUUGAUUUCGAUUCAGCAUUCAGCAAUUUUGGCAGCCUUGCUGAGAACGUUGCUGUGCUGGUUUUAAUAUCAGUUAUUAUUGGCGGGUAUAUCAUCGGAGUUAUUUGGGCGAGACGAGCCGAUAAGCGAGAUAAACUGUUGGUUGGUCCUACAAUCCUUAAACCAAAAGGAACAUAUCACUACAUUAUUACUACCGCGACUGGCAACCGACAGGGAGCAGGUACUACCGCAAAAGUUGUGUUCGCAAUGUCAGGAGAUGAAAGCGAAACGCUACCAGUUUGGUUACACGAUCGUCAAAGACCGUGUUUUGAACGAGGACAAGUCAAUACGUUUGUAAUUUCCUAUCCUCGCGGUGUUGGCGACCUAAACUACGUUCAAAUUUGGCAUGAUAAUUCAGGACCUUCACCAUCUUGGUAUCUUAGCAGAUUCUCUAUAAAGGAUGUUCAAACGGGAAAAAGGUGGAUUUUAAACUGCGAGAACUGGUUGGCAGUUGAAUCAGACGAUGGUAAAGUUUGCCGAGUUCUUUCAAUCUCCAAUGAACAGGAGUUGACAAACUUCAAUCAUGUAUUCUCGAAAGAAGCCGUAAAAGGUUUAGCUGAUGGCCACUUAUGGUUCUCCAUUGUCUCCAGGCCUCCAACUAGUAAUUUCACGCGUGUCCAACGUCUCUCGUGCGCCUUAUGUCUGCUGUGUUGUACGAUGAUUACAAGCGCAAUGUUUUAUAACAUGGGAGGCCAGGGUCCGAGUCCAUUUGCUGUUCACAUCGGAUCAUUGGUUAUCGACCUAAAACCGUUUGUGAUUGGCUUACAGAGCAGUAUCAUUAUCGUCCCAGUAAACAUCCUGAUCGUGCAAAUUUUCCGCAAUUUGAGACCGAAAGUGGAAAAAACGAAGAAAGAGGAGGUAUCUAAAGAGGAAGUGGAAGCAGUUAAAGAGCCUCGAGGGACUAUCCAUGGUAUUCGAGUGGAAAAUCAGCAACCACCUCAAGGGAAACUUCCACAUUGCUUCAUCUACUUUGCGUAUGCGCUUUGCUAUCUCGCUUCAGGCGCUUCAAUAUUCUUCACCCUACUCUACAGUAUUCAGUGGGGAAAAGAGACAUCAACCGAAUGGGUGAUUGCCAUGGCAACAUCAUUCUUCCAGUCAGUGUUACUGCUGCAGCCAAUCAAAGUGGUGUUGGUUGCGAUCAUGAUUGCGUUGUGCAUCAAGAAAGCGAGCGAUGGAGAGGAUAUUUGUAACGACGAUCUCGCGGUUAAACAGCAAAGCACGAAGCAUCAAACACAUCGUGAAAACGCGAUGGAACUCGAAAGAAGAAUUCAGGCAAUUAGCCAGCCUGCGAGAAACAUCAGUAAAAUUUAUAGACCUCCCAGUCCAGAAAAGCUGAAGAAAGCGAGAGAGAAACGAAUAAAGGAGAUCAAAACGAACGCAGCUUUGAAAGAAAUCUUCGCAUUUUUCGUCUUCCUCAUUUUGCUCAUGUAUGUAGCGCAGUACCACAGGGAUCCCAAUACAUACCUGUUGACAAAGACCUUGUACGAAACCUUUGAAGAACUUGAUGCAUUUGGCUUGGAUUUAUCUACGAUCUCAGAUGUGGAUUCCCUGUGGAUGUGGUCACGGGAGACACUCAUUCCCGGACUGUAUUCAACAGAGUGGUACAAUGGCCAGAAGAUUAAGGAAGGUUGGAUUGCUAACAACGAGGAUUAUCUCGUGGGCGUCCCGAGAAUACGAUUACUUCGUGUAGAAGAAGAUACAUGCCCCAUUUCCAGUUAUUUUGAGGACAUCAUUCCACAUUGUUACGAUGGCUAUUCCGUUGGUGAUGAAGACGGUGUUACCUACGGAGUCGGGUGGAAACCUUUGCACCGUGGAAAAACCAGAAAGCGGCGAGAUAUGAGGGAACUCGAGACCGAAGAAGAGUGGAUGGAACUGCUAGCGAAAAGUGGACGGAAUGCGCCGGUCAGACACAAGAGAGCUCUUGAUCCCAUCAUGGGAGGACUGAGUGGGAAGAAACGAAGAAAACAGAAGCGGUUAUUGGCAAGCACAAAACCAAAAGUUUAUGUCGUUAAUGAUAAUGCGUUAUUGCCAGAUGGUACAGUUCUGUCCUGUCUCGAAAGAUGGCGUCAUCAGAGCAUGGUGGAGCUACGAGGGUUCCCUUACUGGGGCACCCUGACCAUGUACAGUGGUAGCGGUUACGUAGCAAACCUUGGUUAUAAUCCUAUCACAGCCUACACUGUGGUCGCAGACUUGCAUUCGAACAGUUGGAUCGACAUUCAGACCCGAGCUGUUUUGGUGGAAUUCACCGUAUACAACGCGAAUACGAACCUCUUCGGGAUCCUUACCUAUUUCAUAGAAUACGGACCUUCAUCAGCGGCUGUAAUUAGAUCCGACUAUCAGGCAGCCCGUUUUUAUCUUCAUUUGAACGGCGGGCAAACACUAGCCCAUGUCUUGGUCAUAUUCUUUAUGCUCUACUUUCUUUACAGAGAAGGAAAGCUUGUCUAUAAGCAACGAUUGGCGUACUUCAAAGGUUUCUGGAAUUGGGUCGAGGUAAUUCUAAUCGUCUCUGAAUUUUCACUUAUCGUUCUGUUCCUUGCACGUUUGUACGAAGUCGACCGAAACAUUCAUCAGCUCCGAGAGAAUCCGAACGAUUACGUUGGCUUCCAAUACGCCGCGAAUGCUGACGCGUUGAUGACCUACGUGAUUGGAAUCCUAGUGUUUUUCUACAUAUUGCGUUUCCUACGGCUGCUACGAUUCAACAAGAACUUCCUCGUGAUUGGUAAGACAUUGUCGAGAAUAAGCUCUCCAAUCCUGAGUUUCUGCCUACCAUUUAUCUCCGGAUUCUUCGCAUUUGCGAUGCUGGCUUUCACGAUGUUCGGCACUGAACUUGAAGACUACAGCUCCUUUGUAAGAACCUUAGUCACUCAAUUCAGUAUAACGUUAGGAGACUUCGAUUUCCAGGCGAUCUUUAUGAUCAAUCCAACAAUUGCAACACUCUACUUCUUCUCGUUUAUUGGAUUAAAUGUGAUGGUGUUAAUGAACAUGUUCAUAGCCAUCAUCAACGAUUCCUAUGCCGAAAUACAAGAGGAAACUAGCGAGAUUGAAAACGAACUGGAGAUAAUCGAAUACGUGACAACAAACGUCACUGGGAUUUUCAACAGCAAAUUUUCCCGUGGUAAGGUUGCUCCCGAAAAAAAGAAAAAAAAGAAGAGGAAGAAAAAGAAGAAAUUAGCUCCCUUUGAAGAGUUCUCAAACGAGCUCGAUGAACGCGGAAAGAAAUUGGACAUUCUUUUGUAUAUCUGUGAGAAGAGCAUGGAAGAAGAUGAGAUCGAAGAAGAUAAAUUCUGUGCAGUACCAGAGGACAAGAGGCAAGAUAUGUUCUUCAGAUUGCUGUGUUUCAUGGAAAAUAUAGAUGAUGAAGAGGAUGAUUGUCUAAGUAAUGACGAAUAUAGUGACGACUCGCGUGAUUACGAUGGUGAGAGGUGUAGUGGUGAUGAAUCCGGUGAUUACGAUGAUGAGAGGUGUAGUGGUGACGAAUCACGUGAUUACGAUGGUGAGAGGUGUAGUGGUGAUGAAUCACGUGAUUACGAUGGUGAGAGGUGUAGUGGUGAUGAAUCACGUGAUUACAAUGGUGAGAGGUAUAGCGGCGAUGAAUAGAUAGGUAAAGAUAAGUAAAAAUAAUGACAGUCUGUACGCUAUGUAGAUGUAAAUUUUUGUUCCAAGUUGGAUUUUUUUCAGCUACAAUCAUGUGCAAAAAUGUUUGAGACACGGUCAUUAGACCUAGUAUCUAUCCUCCUCUCCCCCCCAAAACAAUGUUGUUCCUUGAUACCAAGCCAUUUGGUUUGCCGAAAAUAUCACUCUCAACAUUGUCAAUGGGGGAAAUAGUCAAUAAUUAAACGAAAUACGUGACCAAAUAGUUGUCAAAAUGGAAAAAUACAUAAAGAGUCUCAUUAUUUUUCCACGCAGUUUUAAGAUGCCUUGAAA